UGACGUGAACGAUUCAACUUUUUAUGGAUUUGUGAAAGUAGAAUAUUUUGAAUAUUUCUACUCUAGGUAGUUUGUAAUCGUGUAUAUUAUGGAUUAAAGUAUACAUUAUACUGUGAAAAUAGAAAUCUUCAACUUAAAAGGAGCGUAGACUUCAAGUAUAUAAUAUGUCCAACAAUAACUUUUGGGGUAAUUUGGAUUCAUAUUCAAACUUACAACAGCAACCAGCUGAAAGUUCACAACCAAAUGAUGAAUGGAGCUGCAGUACAGACGAUUGGAAUUAUAUUGAUCAAUCUUCUAUUAAUAAAAAUACUAAUGCACAAAAAUUGAAUUCAACUUUAAAUUCAGAUUUAACUCUGAAUAGCUAUUCUGUUCCCGACUCUCAGAAUGGAACAAUUCAUUCUCUAGUUAACUCAAAUAGGUCGACCUAUAAUUAUAAAAACGGAAUUGAAAACGAACAUAGUACGUUUCCUAUCGUUAAUAAUAAAUGGUUUGAUAAACCUGAAAGUCAAUUUGAACAAAUUACUAAUGUCCAACAUACUUUGGUUAAUCAAUAUUCUGAUAACAAGAAAAGUGACAUUAUUGAAACUGAAGACAAUUUCUGGGCGGAUGUUGAAAAUAGAGAAAUUCUUCCACCAGAAUCAUUUCAGAAUGAAUCGCUCCAAGUCGCAAUGAAUAAUUUACAAUUAAAUAAUGAGGUAAUGCACUCUAAUGUUUAUGAUAACAAUGUGACACAUAAAGAUACUGAGAUUAGAAAAAUGAAUUCCACAGAAAAUGAUGAUGAUAGACCACCAGUUGGACUUCAUCGAUUAGUUACUGGCCAAACAAAAUCAUUUGAAGAUUAUUCCAAUCCUGAACCUUGUGGUCCACAACCAUUUGAUGUCCGAACAGUUCUUGGUCAAUUAAGUGAUGAUGAUAUCCCUGUUCAACGACAUGUUACAGGUUCCCAAAUUGGAGCUAGACCAAUAGACAAUAACUCCAAUUUUCAAAGUAUUGAUAACAAUUCAGUUACUUUAAAAAGGCUUCCGUCAUUAGAACAAUUUCAAAAUCAGUUUGAAGGUCAUUCUCGACAAGUUUUACAUAGGGACGUAGAAGAUUUUGUUAACCAACCUAAUGAUAGUCAAAAACUGGAUGAUUCAGUUAGAAAUAUUUCAGAUAUAGAUAAUUAUGCAUCAACAAGAAAUGAAUCACAAACAGAACUGAAAGAACCUACUACUGUCAUAAAAAAAAAUCGCCCAAAAAUUCUCGAUCGUGAAGUUUUUGAACGAACUGGACCAGAUGGUUAUAUGAAUGAAACAAGUCCAUACUUAAGAUCAACCACUCAAAACCAAAUAAAACCUAUAGUUGAUUCCCAACAGGAUAAUAGUUUAAAAUUGACAACUUCUACUCAAUCAGAAAGCAAUGAAAAGUUUCAAGAUUAUGACAGAAAUGAAAAACGAGCAGAAAAAAAACAUUCACCACCUCCACCGGGAUUUCGUAGAAUGGUUGAAGGUAAUAUUGGAGAAGAUUCUGUUCAAAAAUUGAACAGGAUGCCAAAAAUGAAUCAAAAAAAUGAUGAACGACAGCGACGACAUUCAAUUGAUUCAGAUUCAUCAGUUCCAUUAACUAAUCCUGUAUCUGAAGAAGGUCUUAAAAGUAUCCGAAGAGGACCUCAACAAAAAAAAUAUAAUAAAAACAUGGAGCAUUAUCACAAUCGAGAUCGAAGACAUUAUCGUCAUCCUAGAGAAAGUGAAGAAGAUUAUUUUUAUGAAGAGGAAGAAGAUAAUGCUUCAUUAAGUCCUGAAGUAGAACCUGAAUAUCGAUCGCAUCGCUCUCGAAAUCAUCCACCCAAGCGAUACAGACAAAGAAUGCCUAAUGAAAACUACGACCACUCGGACACAGAAUAUCAAAGUGAAUAUGAUGAAUAUGAAAGGCGAAGGCGAUAUAGAAGUCCGGAAUCCGAUCGAUAUAGAAGACAUCCCCGAAGUUAUCGUGAUAGAAGAUAUCAAGAUGAAAUGAGCCAAUAUUACAGAAGAGAAGAUGUCAGUUAUCGUAAUAGACCUUCUAGUAGAACAGAUUCAGAUUAUCACAGAAGAUAUUCACCUGUACAAUUUCAAGAUUAUUCAGCUCAUAUUGAAAUGCUUGAUCCAUUAGAAAGAAGAAGUUUCCUCUUAAAAUUCAGAGAAAAUAACCCCAAGGCGUAUACCGAAUGGUAUACAAAUUAUAAAGCCAAAGUUGAAAUGCAAAAAUUGAUAUCAAGGACUAAAAAUGGUUCUGAAUGCAGUACACCAGUAUCAACUACUUCACAUGACGUAGCAUCAUUAAAUCAUAUGGCUAGACUUGAAAAAGAAAAUCAUCGAACUACUCCUCCAAGAUAUCAAAAAUAUCAUGUAAAUGCAAAAAUGCAUAUGGGUUUUGGAAAAUUAUUUGUGUUAGACUCCUCAAAUGCUACUAUAGAUGUUUUUAAAGCAAUGCCAGGAUUGGAUGAUAAUGAUACAGCAGAACUCUUCAGAUUUCCUACUCCUUUUGUAUUAGGCAAGACACAUAAAAAUGCUGUAGCCCAAUAUUUGAAUAAAUUAGCAGACGAGGCAUCAAAUAAUUCAGAGCGGUUGUUGUACGAAUUAAUAUGUAUGAUAACUAAGCGUAAUGGAAUUGUUGAUGGAACUGAUAUAUCAGAACUUUUAAUGGAAAAUGUGGCUAAAUUCCCAGUUGACUGUAUAUUAUUUGAUAAUAUGAGCAUAAAAGAUUCUAAGGGAAUGUCAGUCAAACCAUUAAAUAAUUUCAGAGAAUUGCUUUUACAAGGCAAUAAGUCUGAAGCCUUAGAAUUUGCUGUAUUAAAUCAAGACUGGGGAUUUGCAUUUAUAUUAGCAUUGUAUAUGGAUUCAAAGACAUUAAAUUAUGUUAGAUCUAAAUAUUUUCAAACAAUUCCUCAAAAUGAUACUUUACAAACAUUCUUCCAACUUAGUAGUGGCAAUAUUCCAUCAUGCACAACUUGUUGUACAGAUAAUAGCUGGGGAGAUUGGAGAGAACAUUUAGCAAUGAUCUUGAGUAAUCAGCAAGUCAAUAUAAAUAAUGCUCGUAAUGCCACUAUUCAACUUGGGGACACUUUAAAUGCUAAAGGUGAUGUGUUUGGUGCUCAUUUUUGUUAUUUGGCUAUACAGAUACCAUUAGAAUCAAUUGGAUUAUCUUCAAAGUUUACUCUUUUGGGUACAUCUACUGAUCAAGUAUUUAAUACUAUGGUUACAAAUCGUGCCAUAUUAUUAACCAGUGCUUAUGAAUUUUCUAUGCGAUUAAAUCUAAGCCAUUUUCAUAUUUCUAGUCUUUUGCCUUAUAAAUAUUUGCUGGCCAUUCGUUUGGCUGAGUAUGGAGAGUGUGAAAAUGCUUUACAUCAUUUGGAAGCUAUCGCAACACAAUUGAUCUCAUCACCUGAACAGGUGAAUUUGGGAUUUAUUGCGAAUGUUGUGGAAUUAAGUACAGAUUUGUAUUACAUGCAAGUAUCAAAUAAUAACUUAUCUGGAAGUAUUGAGGUGCUGGAUUGGUUAGAAGAAUUAAAAAGUAUUUUAAUAAGUACUCAAAAUAAUUAUAACUCUGUAGGACACAUAUCACCAAUACAACAAAUAGACAAUUAUCAAUCACAUCAAAUUGAACAUUCUGUUGUACCUGAUGAACAGCAAACUGUUCCAGAUAAAAGUAUAGAUUAUUCUACUAAUUAUCAAGCACCUCUUAUUCAAGCACCGCCUAUUCAUGCACCACCUAUUCAAGCACCACAAAUUCAAGUACCUUUUCAAGCGCCAUCUUUCCAAGCGCCACCUGUUCAAGCACCUUUACAAACUGUUCAGCAGCCAAAUCCUCCUCAAGUGAACCCUUAUUGGCAACCAAAUGCUGUUUCACAAUCAAAUGAACUUCCACCGCCACCUCAAAAUGAAUAUUCACAAUAUUUUGAUCCUACAUCUAUGAUUACUACAGGAGAUGUAACUAGUCAUAAUAAUAUAAAUGAAAUGACUUCAGAAAUAUCAACUAUUGCUCCAGAUCUCACUUUAAUGGCUGAACCAGAAAAAACGAUAUCAACAGAACCAAAAUCUGGAUUUUAUGCUCGUCAAAUGGCUGAACUGGAACCUAAAGUGUCUGGAACAGAUGAAAAAAAAACACAAAAAAAAAAUUAUGCAGAUGAUAAACGUCAGCAUAAAGAAAAGAAUUCCUGGCUUGGAGGGUUGACUAAAUUUUGGAAGCCCUCUAAUAAUACAGAUUCUAUCGGGGGAAAUUUUGGUGCCGAAGAACCAGUUCAACAAGCUGCUCCUCCUUUGGAUUCAGAAUUACAAUUCAAUCCAGUGGCUAAUAGUUCACCAGCCAAUCAAAAUCAUAACCAAUUUAAAAUUCAAAGAAAGCGAGGUGUUAAGGAUAUGUAUGUAAAUGUAAUGAGUAACAGUAAACCAUCAGAAAAUAUAUUAUCUCCAGAUCCAAUAUUUCAGACAAAUCAAACACCAACCACUAUUUAUAAUCCAUCUCAAUAAAAAAUAUACAUAUUGUAUAUCUUAUCAUAAUUGAAUUCAAGAUUUAACAGUAAAAGUAAAUUAUAUUAAUUAUAAUACAAAUAUAAUAUUAUACAAUAUUCAUUACUACAGUUAUUAUUCUAUUAAUUAAAAUAUUGGGAUAUUUGGAUUUUUUAUAACUUAAUUUAUUUUUAAUUUGUAUACAGUAUUUUUAUGUAUUUUUUCUAAAUUCCUAUUUAUUCCAAUUAAAAUUGUUGACCCAAAUUGCGUUUUGUAAAUUAUACUUAAGACUUUAAAAGUUUUAUCAGCUAUUAUACAAUUACAUAAUAUUUGAUUGAUUUAUAUUAUGGGUCUUAAAUUUAUGUUAAUGAAUUAUUUUAUUUCACAGAAUAUUAUAUGUAUCUACAAUAUUAUUAUCAUUUUUGUAAAUCAAUUAUUUGUUAUAUUAGUUUUAGUGUUAAACAUUUUUAUUUUGUUGGUUGGGAUGUAAAUGUAAAUGUGUAUUCAUAUAUAUUAUACAACUUUUUGUUUAUAUGUUAAGGGAUUUGAUAGAAUAAUAAAUAUUAAUUAAACUAUUGUUUUA